AAAUAGUAACACUCAACAGUCAACAUGAAUUCAAUACCACUUUUGUUUUUAAAUUGUGUUGUAGCAGUACUGUCAUUUAACCAGUUUGCUAUUGAUACUGAUCAGUGGAAAUCCACCAAUAUCGGCGCAGAGCAAUCAUAUUAUAAUCAAGUAUAUGAACAAUACUUAAAUUAUUAUAAUUAUUUAUAUCAGCAAAAUAGUAUUUUAAAUAAUCAAAACAAUAAUGUGAACACCAAUCCAAUUCCAACAAAUAUUACAAAUACCAUUCCAAUAAAUGUGUUCAAAAUGGAAAAUAGAUCAACAAAUGAAGAACAGCCAACUGUAACACCGACAUUUCUACGAAAAAACAAAAUAUUGCUACCUCAUAAACCUACUAUAGAGCCAAAGAAACCAUUAAAAACAAAAUUAAGAACUAUUUUAUAUAGAUCUCAAAAUAAAAAUAAAUGAUAUUCAUCAUAUUUUAGU